UGGAUUAUCAGCUUUUGUUUGUGGCCUUCACAUCAAGCUGCCACAAUCUUCAACAUUACAAAAACCAAAAACAUCUGUCAUUUGUUUCUUUUCCAAGCUUCAUUUUCCUGGAAAAUUUCCUCUUUCUAGAUAAUAAGUCAUUCCCAGAUAAGUUUCUUACAAAUCUUUAUAUUUUUUCAAUAUUUGUCAGCUGAAUCAGGUAUCGUUCUAUUGUUAUCUGAAUUGGGAUUUCGUUAUUUCUUUCGGAUAAGCAAUAUCAAAUCCUGAUUUGGAGAAAUAAAACAAGUUCUUGCCUUUUCAUUUCUGUUUCUUCGUUUUAAAUGCCAAAUGUGCUUAAAAUAGAAUCACCCAAUUGAGAUUUGAGGGAGAAAGAUAGAAUUUUUACCUUCGUUUGGUAGAAAUUGGCACUAGAUUGUAAUUGAUAUGUAAAUUUGGUAUAUGGGUAUUGUUUUAUAGAAGCUUGGUUUUGAUGUGCUCUUGUAUGUCAUCUGUAAAAUUAUGAAAAUAUAAUGUUUCAAAGUUGUUUUUUAAUUUCAUUGUGACCCUUUGGGAGUUUUUGUGGAAUAGUGGUUAUUAGUUGAAGUAAAAUUUGUAGUUAGUUGUAGGUUUGGUUGAUAUAAUUGUGGUUAAGAUUGUUGGGUUUAAUGAUGGGGAAGCAAAAUGGGAAGAAGAAGAAACAGAAUGGAGAAACUAAUAAAGGUGGGGGUAAUAGCCCUAAGGCUACAGAUAAGGACUCUGAGGUUUUUAUUUCCAUGGCUCAAGAGUUAAAGGAUGAAGGAAAUAAAAUGUUUCAAAAGAGAGAUUAUGAAGGAGCUAUGAUAAAGUAUGAGAAAGCUAUCAAAUUGCUCCCAAAUAAUCAUAUAGACGUCGCGUAUCUCAGGAGUAAUAUGGCGGCUUGUUAUAUGCAGAUGGGGCAUAGUGAGUAUCCAAGAGCGAUUAAUGAGUGUAAUUUGGCUUUAGAGGUCACACAAAAGUAUGGGAAAGCACUGUUGAAGAGGGCUAGGUGUUAUGAAGCUUUGAAUAGGCUUGAUUUAGCUUUGAGAGAUGUUAGUAUGGUUUUGAAAUUGGAGCCAAAUAAUGCCAUUGCUUUAGAGGUCUCGGAAAGGAUUAAGACUGUACUUGAGAAGAAAGGUCUAAGGGUGAAUGAUAUGGUAAUUGAAUUGCCUCCGGAAUAUGUUGAACCUCCUAGCACUUUAUGUAUGCCGAAAUCAGUGAAGGAGAAGACACAGAAGAAGAAGAGAAGUAAGAAAAUUGAGACCAAGGCAGGUGAUGAGAUAAUUGAUAAGAAGGUUGAUGAUAGCCAAAUUGAGGAGAAAAGGGCGGAGGAUAAAGUGGUCGUCGAGGAGAAAAUUAGUCUACCAAUAGAAGAACCAAAGAGGACGGUAAAGUUGGUAUAUGGUGAAGACAUAAGAUGGGCUCAGUUACCUCUUAAUUGUAGCCUCCCGCAACUAAGAGAAGUGAUAGCAGAUCGAUUUCCAAGCUCGGGAGCAGUUCUCAUGAAGUAUAGGGACCAGGAAGGUGAUUUAAUUACCAUAACCUGUGAGGAAGAAUUGAGAUGGGCUGAAUCAGCAGUUGAAUCCGAGGCUUCUUCUGUCAGGCUGUAUUUAGUCAAAGUCAAUCCUCAACAAGAUCCGUUCUUUGAGAAACAUAUCGAGAAUGGGGACAAGGAGGAGGAGAAAGAGGAGGCGCACAGACUGGUUGCAGGACAAGAAAUUCCUAUAGAGAAUGGGAACAUGGUAGACUACAGGAAAGCUGAAAAUGGAUCUUGUCAUAUUGAUGAAUGGAUAGUAGAGUUUGCUAAGCUUUUUAAGGACCAUGUGGGAUUUGAAUCCAAUGCAUAUCUGGGCAUGCAUGAACUUGGUAUUAAGGUGUAUUCCGAGGCUAUGGAAGAGGCGGUUACAAGUGAAGAAGCACAAGACCUUUUCGACACAGCUGCAGGGAAGUUCCAAGAGAUGGCAGCUCUGGCAUUGUUCAAUUGGGGAAAUGUUCAUAUGUCGAGGGCAAAGAAGAGGGUUUACUUCAAGGAAGAUUCUUCAAGAGAAUUGCUGCUUGAACAGAUAAAAUCAGCAUACGAUUGGGCUCAGAAGGAAUAUACAGAAUCAGGACAAAAAUAUGAAGCAGCAUUGAGAAUCAAAUCAGAUUUCUAUGAAGGUGUUCUAGCUCUAGGCCAACAACAAUUCGAGCAGGCCAAACUUUACUGGUAUUUUGCGAUUAGCAACAAUGUUGAUAUAGAAUCAUGGUCUGCUGAAGAGGUCGUAGAACUCUACAAUAGUGCUGAGGGAAACAUGGACAAAGGCAUGCAGAUGUGGGAGGAAUCAGAAGCGCAGCGGCAGAUGGAGCUUUCUAAUUUGCUUAAGGUUACAUCUCAAUCGGAGAAAAAGGGGUUAGAUGGACUAUUAAAGGAUGUAUUAGUGGAAGAAAACAAUGAGCAGGCUAACAAUAUGAGGUCUCAGAUCAAUGUCUUAUGGGGAACUAUACUCUAUGAGCGAUCGAUGAUGGAGUUUAAAUUAGGAGUACCAGUCUGGCAUGAGACCUUGGAAGUUGCGGUUGAGAAGUUUGAGCUUGCUGGAGCUUCUCCUACAGAUGUAGCUGUUAUGAUGAAGAACCAUGUUUCAAAUUAUAAUGCAGUUGAAGGCAUAGGGUUUAAAAUUGAUGAAAUAGUACAAGCUUGGAAUGAGAUGUAUGAAGCCAAAAAGUGGCAAAGUGGGGUUCCCUCCUUCCGGCUAGAACCCUUACUUCGACGAAAAGUUUCCAAACUUUAUCAUGCGUUGGAGCUUACAUGAAUCACUCUUUGAAACUUCUAUAUCAUGCCCUGAAACCUCAUCUAGAAUUGUUGAAGUCUUGCAUGCUAAGGUCUCUUGCAUUUUACCUUUUGGAUUUGGUAACCGGUAACCGGCCCCGUAUAUUUGGAAUCACAGCAGUUGUAUGGAAAUUUGUUGAAAGAUCGUUCUCAAUUUAAUUUUUAUUUUUUUCAUACGAAUGGGGGGAAGAUAAAAUAGCAGAAAUAUCGGCUUUUUGUUAAUUCCUGCAUUUGCUUGCAUUUCUUUCCCCUGUUUAGGGUAACAGUCAAUAGGUGACAGGAUAGUUGCAUUCUUCAUUCAUUUUGUCAGCUAGUUUCAAUAAUGCAUAUUUUUCUAUCUUAAUUUGUGAUUUGGAUUUGCACUAUAAAGUGUAAACUUUGUACUGCUGCUACUCAUGUUUUACUAGUGUUUCAGCAAUGGAAUUUUUUUUUCCA